CUGAAGCAUUGCAGAGUAGAAAGCUUCACUCUUCACUCUUUACUCUUUACUCUUUAAAAUCUCCUCUCUCUCUCCAGAGCUUCUUCCUCUCAUUUCAAUGGCUGUUUCAGUCUUUAAGAUGUUGGGUUUCUUUGUUGGUUUCUUUCUAAUUGUGGGUUUGGUCAGUUCAGCUAAGUUUGACGAGCUCUUUCAACCAAGCUGGGCUCUCGAUCACUUUGCUUAUGAAGGAGAGCUUCUCAGGCUCAAGCUUGAUAAUUAUUCUGGUGCUGGAUUUCAAUCCAAAAGCAAGUAUAUGUUUGGAAAAGUAACAGUACAAAUCAAGCUUGUAGAGGGUGAUUCUGCUGGAACUGUUACUGCUUUCUAUAUGUCAUCUGAGGGUCCAUACCACAACGAGUUUGAUUUUGAGUUUCUUGGCAACACCACAGGAGAACCUUACUUGGUUCAAACCAAUGUAUAUGUUAAUGGCGUAGGUAACAAAGAACAAAGACUGAACCUUUGGUUUGACCCUACCAAGGAUUUCCAUUCUUACUCCUUACUUUGGAACCAGCGCCAAGUUGUGUUUCUAGUGGACGAGACCCCAAUUAGAUUGCAUACCAAUAUGGAAAACAAGGGAAUUCCUUUUCCAAAGGAUCAAGCCAUGGGUGUAUACAGCUCAAUAUGGAAUGCAGAUGAUUGGGCUACACAAGGUGGCCGUGUCAAGACUGAUUGGAGUCAUGCACCCUUUGUUGCCUCCUAUAAAGGAUUUGAAAUUGAUGCAUGUGAGUGUCCAGUAUCAGUAGCUGCAGCUGAUAAUGCUAAGAAAUGUAGCAGCAGUGGUGAGAAAAGGUACUGGUGGGAUGAACCUACGUUGUCUGAGCUCAAUGCGCACCAGAGCCAUCAGCUUUUGUGGGUUAAGGCUAACCACAUGGUCUACGACUACUGCAGCGACACUGCUAGGUUCCCAGUCACUCCUCUAGAGUGCCUGCACCACAGCCACCGCCACCACUAGGACUGAAACAAGGGUUUAUAUAUAGUCAUGGAGGAAGGAGGGCUUGGGGUUUUUUGGUACUGUUGUAAAAAGGAGGGGAAAACAAAGUCAGAUAUACAUGUCCUCCAUGUUUGAUAUCUUGUUCAUGUUGUCCUCUUUCAGGUUUUGUUUUGUAAGAUAGUAUGAUUGAUUAAUAUGCAUGUGAUUUGUUCUUUCUUUA